UCAUUUAUCUAUCUAAUGAGUAAAGGAUUUGAAUCUUAUUUACCCAAGUCCAGACAUAUUACGAUAAAAUUAGACCUCCUUCCUAUAUAAACUCACUGUUGUCUCAAUUACCAUCAUGUCCUUAUCGGAUUUAAAACAUACAUUAAGAAAAUAUGAGUUCCCGGCGAGUGCUAAAGAAGCAAUAUUAAAAAUUGAACAACUAUUAAUUGGGAGAUCGGCUCCAACCAGUAAACAACUGGACAUUGCUAUGGAUAUAACGUCUGAGUUUAUAUUUUGUGAGACGGAUCGCCGUGGAACACGUCGAGGAAGCGGCCUCAACCCAUUACAAGAGCUACAGCUAAUUGACAUUAUAAGUGAUUAUCUUACAGCUUGCACAAAUGAAACCACUAAAAAUACAAUUUUUUUGUCCUUAUUCGGUAGUAUGGAAAGUCAAAGAAAAUUGAAAAUACUUAGUAUUCUAGCGAGCAUGGCUGUGUCAGCAUCAUGUACACCAGUGCUGUUGGCUGUUGGUGUGUGGCUCCAGCAGAUGGGAUGUUCAUCCUCACAUUCCCUACAGCUUGUAGAAAAUGUUAUACAGGAUCAUUUCUUUUUAAACACAUCCAAUCAGAAUUCAUUGAAAUCACUAGCGACCACAGCGCCACAGUUUGUGUGCAGUUUCAUCACAGCAGUAACAGAGUUAUAUGUUCAUGAUGUUCAGGGAAAUAAGAAAAUGCCUCCCAAGAACUUAUUGGAAGUUAUAACAUCUUGGGUUUAUACAAAUCCAACACUAUGCAUGUCAGCACAGUUAAAUCCCCCAGCUUUGCCUGUUGGUGCCAUACCAAUGGCAGCCGUGACUCCUUUGGCUGGCUUAAUACAUUGGUGUGCACUGGCACCUCUUUAUUUUGAUGAAUCUAUAGAUCUUGAAGAAGAAGCACCACCAUUAAAAAAAAUAAAAGUGGAAGGUGAAAAACAUACAAUAAUAAAAACACUUCCUACAAAGUCUAUGAACAUGUCAGAGUUAUACAUAAAGCUACAUUUAGCAGUGUUGCAUAGUUUAAGGGUUGGUCGACGGACCCACGGCCCGCCCACUGCAGUGAAUGGACAGCAUUUAGCUGCCUUGACACCCCUAGUUCAGACAUAUGCACACCAACUCUUGAAAAGGGGGGUAAAGUUGCAGACUGAUAGUAAGCUACAGGAUUGUCUAGACAGAAUAGGGCAGGCAGUGCAAGUGGCUCUCGCAAAUGGUUGUGUUUAUGGUAACAUUAGCAAUCUUUUAGCUGCAUUAGACACAUUACCAGAGAACAGACUACUGAGGAUUAUAAUAAAGAAACACCAACAGAGUAUAUGAAAUAUUGAAUUGGGUUGAUGCACCCAGUGUG